CAUGUCUUCCAGCGAAGAGGAAGAGACUACCCCGAAUGUCUCUACGGGGACACAGAAGCGACCGCGAGCUUGCGAUAUCUGUAGGAGGAAGAAAGUUCGCGGCGACGGACCAGAGAGCACCGAUAUGAUCUGCUCGACCUGCGCCGCUACUAGCUCCAACUGCACGUAUGUCGAAGAGUCUACGAGACGUGUUCCCUCAAAGAGAUACGUCGCGGGCUUGGAGGACAGGAUAGAGGAGCUGAUCGAUGUUCUUCGGCGGCUUUGCCCAGACAAGAGGAUAUUCAACACUUGGAUAGCUUCAUUGAACGAAGAACGCCCACGCCAAAAUCUCAUCGAUCCAAGCGACCUAACUCACUCGCACCAGCCCGCCACUGGAUUGCAAUUUCCUCCGCCGAGCAUAUUUGGACCAAAACCAGUCGAGAGCAUAGCCAAAGCCAUUCGUGCAGCCUACAACGACAGCCGCCCUCACCCGGAAGGAGAAGACGGCCCAACGCUCAUCCCUGGAACUGGCCUCGACACAAGUCGGUUCUUUGGAAAGUCAAGCGGAGAGGAGCUGGCACGGACGGCGUUGUCAAUGAAGCGCCAAUGUGUUGGAGAUAGUGAGCGGCCUCUCCUCUCCCAACGACGUGAAGAAUUCUGGACUCUCCGACCGUGGGAAAGGAUACCUCAUACCCUCACCCCACGCCGAUACGAAUUUCCAGACCCUGCUCUAGGCAAAGAUCUGGUCGAACUCUACUUUACUCACCUCAACGUCUGUCUCCCCCUCCUCCAUCGCCCUUACUUUGAGAGGUCAAUACGAGAUGGCCUACACUUCGUUCACGAUGGAUUUGCCUCUGUCUAUCUCCUGGUUUGCGCGAUUGGCGCGAGAUUUUCCACGGAUCUGAGGGUGUUGCUGGACGGUGUCGACUCUUAUCAUUCAGCGGGUUGGAAGUGGUACGACCAGGUAGAGACGGGCAAGACAUCGUUUCUUUCGCUGCCUAGUUUAUAUGACCUCCAGCUAUACUGGUUGACUAUCGUCUUCCUGCACAGCUCUUCCGCGCCACAGUCCGUGUGGACAAUGAUCGGCAUCGCCAUUCGACUAGCACAAGACGUCGGUGCUCAUCGACGCACAAAUUCGCCGCCUACUGUGGAAAACGAACUAUGGAAACGUGCUUGGUGGGUUCUUAUAUGCAUCGACAGGAUGAUUUGCCUUUCUUUAGGUCGCCCGUUAACUAUUCACGAUGAUGGCUUCGACUUAGAUCUACCCAUCGACUGCGACGAUGAAUAUUGGGAGCAUCCAGAUCCGGACCGAAGAUUCAAGCAGCCGCCAAUUAAGCCGUCCUCAAUGACUUACUUUGUCCUUCAGAUUAAGUUGUUCAGGAUUUUGUCGUAUUGUGUUCGUGCGAUGUAUUCGUUGCAUAAAACGAACGUCCAUCUUGGUUUGGUCGGAGAUCAGUGGAAAUUACAUAUUGUAAGGGAAUUGGACUCCAGCUUAAAUAGCUGGAUGGGGUCGAUACCGGAUCACGUACGCUGGGAUCCAAAACGGGAAAAUGAGAAGUUCUUCAACCAAUCUGCGAUGUUGCAUGCAUUGGGUUACUACGGCCAAAUUCUCGUCCACCGUCCCUUCAUCCCUUCUCCGAGUAAACCCUCUUCUUCGCCUUUCCCUUCACUAGUUAUAUGCACCAAUGCUGCUCGUGCUUGCAUUAAUGUUGCAUAUGCGCAGCAUCAACGUGAUACGCCGCCACCGCCUCCCAUCCAGAUAGCCACAUUUACCGCGUCUGUAGUGCUAAUGUUUAGCAUAUGGGGUGCAAAGACAUCAAACCCGUCUUCGGAGCAGGCGGCUGACAGGGAAAACGUGGAGAAGGCCAUGCAAGUCCUCAAAGCGGCCGAGGACCGGUGGCAUCAGUCAGGCCGGCUUUGGGAUAUUUUAUCUGAUCUCUCGUCGAAAGGCCAACGUCCUCUGGAAGACACGCCCGAGAGCUUGCUUGCGGUAUCGUCCGAGCCAAUAGAGGCGCAAGAGCAGCGUCGACUCUCGCUUCCUUCACUUCCGACACGUUGGUAUCAAGUGCAAGGAAAACAACGCGAGCUCAGACAACCUGUUGGACACGACCUCGAUAGGGCGUGCAAUACUUUGGGUACUCUGCCUGCUCAAGACUAUUGGAACUUUGCAUCGCAUGACUACCAUCUGAACGAUCGCUAUUUGCCCAAGUUGCCCGUCAGGCGAUCCGAUUUUUACCCCACUAGCGGGCCCUGUGGUGCGGAUUCAGCAAUGGAAAGAUUGCAAGAGACCUCCUGGACAUCCCAGGAGGAUGCACCAUCGUACUUUCCACAACUGGCGCCGCUGCCGUUCCAUACGUUGCCCACCACCCUCAACGAGUCAGCUCUGAUUGACACCCAUAACCUAACGCAAAACCUCAGCGCCGAUUUGACUCAGCUUGACAGUCAAACACCGACAACGAUGAAUGAAACUGAUGACCAACCUGUACGGCAAGAUUGUCCGCCACCACAGCGUCCAGCGGAAGCGCAUGGUGUGGCAGCGGUAGGAUGGGUGAAUGCGUAUUCAGAUGGCGAUUCCCUAUGGUCUGCCGUGUCACCUGAAUACGGGGUAGAUAACGUUUCGAACAAGAUUCCUGUGCCCUCACGUCUGAAUCCUCUGCCACCAGCAAAAUA